AUGACAUCGGGGAACCUGUCGGCCAUUUUCCAGCCCGGCAUGUUGUCCCACCCCCAACACGACAUGGCACCGGCAGAGUACAAGCUGAGCCAGGACGUGUUGAUCUUUCUCAUUGAGAACCAGGAUCAUUUCCUGGUAGGCAUGAGCGGCACCUGCGCCGAUGAACAGCAAAUGAAAGAGGUCGGGGCCGGUUUCCCUUCGCGUCCCACCAUGACUCAACCAAAUGUUCGACGAUCCGUGUCGAGUGCGAGUGCCGGAACGGAAAGCCAACGCAAGCUGGACACUAUUCGGCGCAAUGUUUCCGUUUCAUCCCGCAACUCACGGACUUCGAACAAUGCUCCCAGCCCGGGAACUCCCACCUCCUCUGGUGGUGGCGUCCACCGGAGCAAUACUCUUCCCUCCAAGAUGGGUCCCGUCGUGGCAUCUGCCCGGUUUACACGGUCUGGCGAGCCGGCCUCGAAUAACCCGUCCGGUCUUUCCGUCUCCCAUCAAAGCUCUCGGUCGGCCAGUCGAACACCGUCUGUGCGUGAGGAACCCGAGCAACGCAAUCCAAGCUUGACUCCGUCCACGCCCACCGCGGGAAGUACCUAUGUACACACCUCCACUCACGGCCCGAUACCAGUUGCGGCAGCAGAACAUCGUAGUGUCAUUGAUCCUCCUCGGCCUCAAGAGAACCUGCAAACCCCUGUAUCAUCACCCCUUCCAGUUGUAACCCCGACCCGGGAACGCAAACUCUCCACGCUCUUCAGCAAAUCUCCACCGCCAGAAGGCGAGCAGAAGGAACCACGUCAGCCAAACCGCUUGAAGAAGAAGCGGAUACCUGGCAGUGCAAGUAUGAGCGCCCAGAGCUCGUCUAACUCCCUACAUGGAACACCCUCCGAGUUGAAUGUUGCGGAUACGUCCUUGGAUGCGAAACGUGACCGACAGUCAACGGAUGCUGCCAUGGGCGACAUUACCCCGAAACCUCCCACCACAACGAACAUGAGCAAUCUUGAUGCUCCCUCGGAUUCACACGCUAUCGGAGAGGGUGCAGCUCAGUCAUGUCAUGACACCUCCCUCAAGCCGCAUAGAUCCCGCACACCCUCCAUGAACUCUCGAUCCUCUUUCACCGACCAGUCGGAUUAUGACCAGCCCGAAGAUCCCGUGCGGUCUGAGCGCCGAGAUAAUCGGCGCAGCUGGCGGUUCCACCGCUCAUCAAAACGAAGCAGUGAGCAGGUCGGGCUCGGCCUUUCGUCUCCGCCCUUGGCUGUAACGAAUCCAGGAGCAGACCAGAGCACCAGCUCGAUCGGUAGCGGCCAACACAGCACCGAUCCUUCCAGCCAGCCUCUCAGCCUAGACGCCGGAGUCCAAAGCAACUCUGCCCCGAGCGAGCCGGAGAAGAAGAGUCUGUUUGGCAAGUUCAAAGCCAAGGUGGCCCAGGUCCGUGAUGGCGUCAAAGAUGAACGGGAGCGAGCCAAAAGCCCCAAUCAGUUGGACACCGACCCAUCCUCCACCCAGCCGCUUUCUCCCACCAUGCCGAGUCAGACCAAUGGCAAGCCCGCAAUCGACAUACCCACAGAUCCUCCAAAGGAGGAACCUGUUCGGUCGCCUAUCUCGCCUUUCCCUGGACCAGGUAUGCACCCAUCAAUACCAGAGGAGCCACACAGCCCCGAGGCACCGACCAAUAUCCCCGCAGUUGAAUCGAAAGAGACUACGAAAGAUGAGCCCACGUCCACCUCGGAGGCAGCUCCCGUUCCCGAAGCCCCCGUAUCUGAGGCGCUGAAGGAGGCCACCGAGAAGGAAGCGUCUGCUUAG